AUCUACCAUGUUUGAUGAGCUAAAAGGGACGGCAUUUCACAUCACAUGCACACGUGUGAAAUGUGUCACAUCCGCCAAUGUUGCGAGAGUGGUCAAAACAAAAACACCCUAAGUAAAACAAACGACUCGGAGCUGCGGCGAUCAAGCAUAGGAUUACACCAACGAGAACUGAGAAGGAAGGCGUAUUAAAUAUUAAGCAUCUCCGAAAACUUCCAUUUGUCAUUUUCAUUCUAAUCUAUUCAAUUCCAUUCCUUUUUCUCUUCUUGUUCACGCCUCCUCGCUCUACAAAAAUCCCAUUUCGUUAUACGUUAUGUAAUGCUACUGGCACCCACCAACUACCUGCAAUAACAAUGAACGGUCAAGAUCGGUCUUUGAGCUUCGGUUCUUUGAUCAAAGGUCAAACUUUUUCUGAUCAAACUGUUCCUUUUUUUUAUGGGGGCUUGUUCCUUGAUGAUCAAAGGGUUCCCGCUUCGUUUGUUUCGUUGAUAUUUAAGAAUGGUGAUUGUGAUGGUUCGGGUUUUGGGUUAAGUAAAACGGUGCGUUUAGUGAAGAGAAGGCAAGGGGGAGGUGGAUUUUUGUCGGUGAGUUUAUCGGUGAAGGGAAGUGAAGGUGGGUAUGUUGGGGAAUCAAGUGAAAGUUGGGGGCAAAAUGGGAACGGGGAAUGUAAAAGUGCAGAGGCGGAGGUGCACGAGAAGAAGAAGGAGAAGGAGUUAGGUGCUUUCAAUACUACUAAGCAUUUGUUGGCUGGAGCUGUUGCUGCUGCUGUCUCAAGAACUUUUGUUGCCCCUCUUGAGAGACUGAAGUUGGAAUACAUAGUUCGUGGUGAGCAGAAGAACCUUUUUGACCUUAUAAAAACAAUUGCUGUUACUCAAGGGCUCAGAGGUUUUUGGAAAGGAAAUUUCAUUAAUAUUCUUCGUACUGCUCCAUUUAAGGCUAUCAACUUUUAUGCUUAUGAUACAUACAGAAGUCAUCUGUUGAAAUUGACCAGGAAUGAAGAAACCACAAAUUUUGAGCGGUUUGUUGCUGGUGCUGCAUCUGGAAUCACUGCUACCUUGCUCUGCUUACCAUUGGACACCAUAAGAACAGUGAUUGUGGCACCUGGUGGGGAAGCUUUGGGUGGUCUAAUUGGUGCUUUCCGCCACAUGAUCCAAACCGAAGGAUUCUUUUCUCUUUAUAAGGGUUUGGUGCCCUCAAUUGCAAGCAUGGCACCUUCAGGUGCAGUUUUCUAUGGUGUUUAUGAUAUUUUGAAGUCAGCUUAUCUCCAUUCACCAGAAGGGAAGAAAAGACUUGAGUAUAUGAAACAGGAAGGUCAGGAGCUGAAUGCAUUGGAACAGCUGGAGUUGGGUCCAAUCCGAACAUUGCUUUAUGGGGCAAUUGCUGGUGCAUGUGCUGAAGCUGCUACAUAUCCCUUUGAAGUUGUGAGAAGACAACUUCAAAUGCAAGUCCGUGCAACAAAGUUAAGUGUAUUGGCAACUUGUGUCAAGGUAGUUGAGCAAGGUGGUGUUCCUGCACUAUACGCAGGAUUAAUUCCUAGCUUAUUACAAGUUCUACCAUCCGCUGCCAUAAGUUACUUUGUAUACGAGUUUAUGAAGAUUGUUCUCAAAGUAGAAUCUGCAUAGACAUUCAAUCCAAUCAAUUGAAACAUCAAGGAGCCACAGGAGGAUGAGGCUUUUGCCAAAGAAAUAUUUAAAUUGUUUUUGGCUGUGAUUCUGUGAGUUGACAAGUUUGUUUUUGUUGUACCAUCUGCAAACACAAGUGUGGGAUAGUGCCCCCUUGCAUCUACUUUUAGCCCCUCCUGGCUCUCUUCUAAUUCAAAGAGAAUAAAUUCAGCAAAAUUCUGAUGC